AUGGCUGUGUCACUCUCCUCCUCCUUGGGGACCCCCCACGCCAAGUACAGCGCCAUCGCCAAGUUGCCCAACCAAGACCGCCAUGUGGAAAAGAAGACGGUCAGUGUUGGCUCCAACGGGGACCUGCCUUCACUUCUUCACUUCCUUCCUUCCUUCUCUGCGGUGUUUUUAUUCGGCGCUAGGGAACUGCCGUUCAUGUUGGGUGCCUGGUGCCUAUCGCCAGGUCUGGCCGGGAUGCCUAUCACAAACUACUUCAAGACACUGGUCUACGAGCUACUCAUUAUGCCAUUUGCUUUGAGAGGGGAUUCAGGUGCUUAACACAUCAAUUGAAUUGUCAAUCAAGUAUCGGCGGUAUGAGUAUCAGUCCAAACCCGAAGCUCCUGGGUUUAAAGAGAACGAACUGCUGAAUAGACACACACUUCGUCCUUCAUCAAGAGGGCUCUAAUCGCAAGAAAGACUAAAAGAUUCGUGGACAAGACCCUGAUGCCACAAGGUCCACGCAUGCAUGGUGUCACUCACUCCCGUCCCUCUCUUGAUAUGACAUGAUAUGAUCACCAGGCUUCCAAGGGACUUCUAGAAAGAUAGGACAUAUGGCUAUUAGAGUACUGUAGUACGGUGUGCGGGCGUGCGUGGUUUUUUGUGACUGUGUUGGUAGUACCUGCAUUGCAUCUGUCAUCACGGCACCCUCGGGUUUUUUUUCAUCAACGAUCUACUCAGGUAGGUACCUGUCUAGGCGUUUCCUUAGUUUAUAC